CCGUUCCUCGUUAGGUUGACCUGUCAUCUCCUCUGCUUCCGUCAGUUCCGGCCCCACUGGCCCUCAAAGGCCUCAACAUGGCGGGUCUGCUACUGCGUAGGUUCAUGCGGAUCCAGCCCCGUGCGCCGAUGACCGCCGCCGGUGGAGCCGCGUUCUUCAACGCCUCGUGCCCCUCGUCCCCCCGCACCGUCGCGCACCUGGAGGUGAGCGGGGAGCAGGCCUCUCCUAAAGUUGAAUUAUCAGAGAAGAGUUGUAUCCCAUGCAAUUCAAUGGAUCUACAUGCUAUGUCAGAAGAUUCUGCUAAAAAGUCACUUGAACAGGUGACUGGUUGGGAACUGAAAAAUGAAGGUGACAUUUUGAAAUUACACAGAGCAUGGAAGGUGAAGAAUUUUGUAAAAGGGCUUGAGUUCUUUCAGCUUGUUGCUGCUGUUGCUGAGGAAGAAGGUCACCACCCAGAUCUUCAUCUCGUGAGUUGGAACAAUGUGAAAAUUGAUGUCUGGACUCAUUCAGUCAGAGGUUUAACAGAUAAUGACUUCAUCCUUGCUGCAAAGAUCAAUGAACUCAAGCUAGAAGGCCUUUUGAGCAAGAAAAAGGCUACCACCCAUGAGUAGCUUUGGGAGAUCAAGCAAAUAACCCAUGUUUGCAUGUUCUCUAUUUGAACUUUUAAUGUGUAGACCCCAAGAAAUGUCCUUUUGUAUUUUCUGUGAUGAUUGUACAUGCCUGUGAGUUCUACUUGACCUGUGUUGAGAUCUAUCCGUCCUGGGUGAAGCGUUUCUCCCAUCAUUUGAAUCUGGGUCACCCUAAUACUUGUCUGUAUUUCUGAAUAUAUUCAGUAGUUUGAAGGUGCUAUGUAUGCAAUGGCACAGAUAUAUGAUCAUCUAUCGUUUCGCCAAAA